GCCCAAACCCGUGAUGGAAGUAAUGCCCAAACCCGCAUUACAGCAGAUGUAGAUAAGGUGGGAGAACAGAGAUGAGUGAUUGGCGGCCACCAUUUUGAAAAAUGGCAACUUCACAACCAUUUUCAUCUCCUUUCCUUUCAGCUGGAGCAUCCACAAUCAAGGCUCCGACCCGCCACAACAUCUCGCUUCUCCACAACCACAAACGGGUCAAUUUCAAGAUUCAAGCCGCCAAGCUUCCUGCCGGAGUGGAAAUGCCUAAACAACAGCCGAAAUUCGAGGCCCCGUUUCUUGGGUUCACAAGAACGGCUGAGAUUUGGAAUUCCAGGGCUUGUAUGAUUGGUCUCAUCGGCACUUUCAUUGUUGAAUUGAUUCUGAACAAGGGAAUACUUCAGAUAAUUGGCGUGGACGUGGGGAAAGGCCUUGAUCUUCCUCUUUGAACAUUGGGCAGCAGCAUGGAACUCAACUUUGUAUUUCUUUUUGGGGAUUGUAAAGAAUUGAAAGAAAAUUACAGUAUGCUGCUGAUACAAUCUAGUUGGUUGUGCACCUUUUGAUUUCCCUUGCUAGAAGAUGUUUACUAGAGUUUGAGGUAAAAUUGCACUUUUGGUCCCAUGGGACUUGGAUAUUACACUUUUGGUUUUGUGUUUUA